CAGCCCAUAAUGAAACCGAGGAAAGUCGUAAAUCAAGGACCAAACCAAAAUCGAGCAUCGUUACAGGGCAGCGCAGCGAGGUACAAGCAGGCAUAGCGGCACUCUAUCGGAGCGUUCGAUAGAAGCAAGCACACGGAAGAAGAAUGGGGAGGUGGUGGGGCGCCGCCGGAAGUGGCCUUGUGAGAAGAGCGGUGGAGGUGGUGGAGAAAGCUAGGACAUCUUCAUAUCACACCAUACAGGCGAUUCCCAGAGAAUACACUGGACCAAGAGUGUCUGCCAAGGACAGAGCCCAAGGCAGAAUUCCCGCCGUUGUAUUCACACAGCAAUCCCUACAACCACAGGACUCAAGUAGUAGUAGACCGAUCUCAAGGAAGCAUCUUCUCACCACUGAGAGGAAGCAGAUUCAGUCCAUACUCGAGGACGUAAAGCCUCCCUACUUUUGCUCCACCACCUUCCAGCUCCAGAUUCGUGCUGGUUCCGGUUCUUCUCAUCUCCUUGAGUCUGGCGCCGUCCUUCCCAUCAAGCUUCAUAAGGACCCCGAGACUGGAAAAAUCCUGAACCUGGUCUUCGUGUGGGCUGACAAUGUUUCGGAGUUGAAGGUCGAUGUGCCGGUUGUUUUCAAAGGAGAAAACCUGUGUCCUGGUCUCAAGAAAGGUGGCUACCUGAACAAGAUAAGAACAAGUCUGAAAUACCUGUGCCCAGCUGAAAACAUUCCUCCAAAGAUUGAGGUGGAUCUGAGCAAUCUAGAUAUUGGAGAUAAAAUUUUCAUACGUGAUAUUGAGGUUCAUCCAGGAUUGAAGCUUUUAAGUAAGUAUGAGGAAAUGCCCAUAUGUAAGAUUGUGAGUACAAAAUCUGAAAAUUCGGAAACUGCCAAGGCAUAGUCAAUAAGAUAUAUUUGAGGCACUUAGGAGGGUGUAGUAUCCUUGUGGAUCACCCUAGCUUACAAGGCAAAACAGUUUAAGAACAUUUAUGAUUGCUAAUUAGGAGCUGUGCUUUCACUUGAGUUGGUAAAUUGGGAUGCAUGGUUCAAAAUGCCUCUAGAGCAGUGUGGUAGUUUAUUCCUGUUGGUGUACAGAACAACAUACUCCAAUCUGGAAUUUUCCCUCAAUUUUAAAACUGAUAGUAUAGAUAGUUUACUGGUGGUGGUGGUUGCUUGGCAACUUGCAAAUAAUUCUAUGAACUGUCUGCCAAACACCAUAUGAACUUUUAAUAAUCUAGCAUUAGAUCGGGUGAUUUUAUUGAUGCUUCUCA